UCGCUGCUGGUGCUUACCGUCCGUCCCAAUUUACGUAUCUGUCUCGCGCGGAACAAUUUUGGUAUACAGAUGACGCAGAAAAUUGGCAAGCUAUAUAUAGAGAGAGUUGCUUGUAGCUUUGGCCAGACACAAGCACAGCACAAAACCAUCAUCCCACGAGCAGAUCGACAGGAGUGGGAAGACCAAGUUUAGGACCAACCAAGGAUGAAGAGCAGCACACUGGUGGCGAUCCUAAUCCUCCACGCCGUCAUGGUCAUGGGAAUCCUCUCACACUCACAGGCCGUCGACGAUGACGCAGAAAAUUGGCAAGCUAUAUAUAGAGAGAGUUGCUUGUAGCUUUGGCCAGACACAAGCACAGCACAAAACCAUCAUCUCACGAGCAGAUCGACAGGAGUGGGAAGAGCAAGUUUAGGACCAACCAAGGAUGAAGAGCAGCACGCUGGUGGCGAUCCUAAUCCUCCACGCCGUCAUGGUCAUGGGAAUCCUCUCACACUCACAGGCCGUCGACGGUACGUUCGCUGCUGAUGCUUACCGUCCGUCCCAAUUUACGUAUCUGUCUCGCGCGGAACAAUUUUGGUAUACAGAUGACGCAGAAAAUUGGCAAGCUAUAUAUAGAGAGAGUUGUUUGUAGCUUUGGCCAGACACAAGCACAGUACAAAACCAUCAUCCCACGAGCAGAUCGACAGGAGUGGGAAGAGCAAGUUUAGGACCAACCAAGGAUGAAGAGCAGCACGCUGGUGGCGAUCCUAAUCCUCCACGCCGUCAUGGUCAUGGGAAUCCUCUCACACUCACAGGCCGUCGACGGUACGUUCGCUGCUGAUGCUUACUGUCCGUCCCAAUUUACGUAUCUGUCUCGCGCGGAACAAUUUUGGUAUACAGAUGACGCAGAAAAUUGGCAAGCUAUAUAUAGAGAGAGUUGCUUGUAGCUUUGGCCAGACACAAGCACAGCACAGAACCAUCAUCCCACGAGCAGAUCGACAGGAGUGGGAAGAGCAAGUUUAGGACCAACCAAGGAUGAAGAGCAGCACGCUGGUGGCGAUCCUAAUCCUCCACGCCGUCAUGGUCAUGGGAAUCCUCUCACAGGCCGCCGCUAACGAUAACUUCCCCAAGUGCUGCGACAAGUGCGACUCCUGGUCGGGGUACCAGUUCUAUGACGACGUCGGCCCCAGGUGCCGCCACGGCUGCGCCAACUGCCAGGGGGUGCAGAUGAGGCCCGUGAAGACGUUCCGGUGUGGAGAUGGACGCCCCGUCUUCGACGGGCAGGGCACGCCCACGCCCUGCCCGCCGCCGUGCAAAAAGCACUGAUCGCUCCAGCUCCCUCAGACACUGACGAGAUCGAUGUUGCGCCCAAAAUAUAAAAUAAAAAGGCUCCGGUGAGAUGAGCAGAGCCACGCUUAGCGUUCUCUUUCCUUUGAGAGAUAAUAUAGUUGAUGUAGCUUUAAAUUAAAUAAAUAAACACGGGCAUUAGUUUAUAUAUGCGUCUCUGCUUAACCAAAUAAAAAUCAGUUUAUUUGUGCGAAAUAUUUGUGCUCUUCAGUGCGCAGCGGUGAACGGAACCUUCUCGGUGCUCAAGCAUGUAUGUAUAGUUGCCACACUCGGUGUGAGUCGGAAUAAUUAUUUUUUU